AUGAUCCAGAAAAGCAGUCUUCUCGACCUCCCACCGUUCCCAGCGGAUGUGCAUACGGCACCGAUAGCGACGGUCUCCCUAGCGAAGCUCCUGAGCAAGGACGCGUCCGAGGGUGCCUCGGCGCUCGAGGCAUGCCGCACACACGGCUUCUUCUACCUCAACCUGACAGCGACGCCGCUCGGCGACGACCUGCUGUCUGAGUCGGAGGAGCUGCUGCAGGUGUCGCAGCAGGCGUUCGACCACCCCAUCGAGACGAAGCGACAGUACGCACUCGUCAAGGGCGUGUCGCUGUUCGGAUACAAGGAGGCCGGCGUCGUCAAGCAGACCGACCCGGAGAAGCGACCGGACACGACCGAGUUCUUCAACGUCAGCAAGGACCACCUGCACGGCGUGGCCGAGUCGCGCACUUACCCGGACGAAGUCACGUCGAACAAGGAGCUGUUCCAGGCCUUCACCAAGAACGCACACGAGGUGGGCAUGGUCGUCCUACGCGUGCUUGCGGACCAGCUGGCCCUCCCGAGCGACACGUUCGCGUCCCGGAACAUCUUCACCCAAGAGUCUGGCGACCACUGCCGUCUGACGCGGAAGUUUGCGCACGUGUCAGAUACCAAGGCCGUUGGAUUGCCCUCGCACACGGAUUUCGGGAGCAUCACCGUGCUGUUCAACUGGCUCGGCGGCUUGCAGAUCCAGUCGCACGAUCCGGCGCGCCAUGGCGAAUGGGCGUAUGUGAAACCCUUGCCCGGCCAUGCGAUCAUCAACCUCGGCGACGCGAUGGUCACCUUCACCAACGGCUUGCUCAAGUCUGCGAAACACCGUGUCGUCCCUGCUCCCGGGGAACAGGUCCACGUCGAUCGCUACAGUAUUGUUUACUUCGUCAGGCCGCAUAAUAGUGUGCUCAUGGAGCCUGUGGAGAAGUUUAAGGACUUGAAUGAUAAUUUGAAGGUCGCGGGCAAGUUUGAGCCGAAGGGUGGAAGUAUCCUCACGGCUGGCGAUUGGAUGGUUCAGAGGGCCAUCCAGAUGGGCUCGUGA